AUGACUUGCCUGAGCUGGAACUGUAGAGGGCUUGGGAACCCUCGUACAGUUCAGGAGCUUCACCUCUUGGUGAAAACAAAGCAGCCCCUUUUAGUCUUCCUCUCAGAGACUAAGUGUAACAAUGUCAGGUUGGACAAAAUUAAGCUUGCGUUGGGAUUUGAAAAUUGUUUCUCUGUUAAUAGGUUUUAUGGUCACCCAAACUCAGCUAAAAGGCCGGGGAGCUGGCACCUUUUGAGAGGCCUUAAACCAACUGGAAACUUACCUUGGCUAUGCUUAGGGGAUUUUAACGAAAUCACACACCAGAGUGAAAAGAUAGGUGCUGCAAAUAGGCCAUACAGGCAGAUGGUCCAGUUUAGGAAUUCUUUGUCUUUCUGCAAAUUGUAUGAUCUUGGCUUCCAUGGAGACAAGUUCACAUGGUCGAAUAAUAGGGAGGGUGGUCAAUUCACAAAGGAGAGGCUGGAUAGGGCCUGUGGUAACAAAUUCUGGAUCAAUCUGUUUGCAAACCAUUCAGUGACACAUUUAGACUGUACUCAAUCAGACCACAAGGCACUCCUAGUGCAAACAGCAGACUCAAAUAGCAUGGGAAAAAAGAGGCGGGUGUUUAGAUUUGAAGCAGCCUGGUCCAAGGAAGUGGAGUGUGAGGAUAUAAUCAAAAAGGUAUGGAGACUCUCCAAUGGCACUUGCACACUCCAUAGAACUCUGCAAGAUCUUAACCAAUGCAAAGGAAAACUCAAGAUGUGGAGCAGAAAUAAGCAAAGGGAUCAAAGGAAAGCAUUGAAAAACAAAACUGAAUUACUCAGGCUUCUACAGGAGAGGAACCAGGGAGAGUUGUCAGAGGAGAUCAAGGAGGUUAAACAAAGCAUUAAUAGCAUAAUGGAUGCUGAGAACCUCAAGUGGCAGCAAAGAGCAAAGCAAGCAUGGCUUAAAGAUGGCGACAGAAACACAAAAUUCUUCCACCAGUGCUCGAGUCAAAGGAAGAGGACUAAUUCUAUACUCAAGAUUCAAACUAAAUCUGGCCUCUUAACUCAGGAUCCUCAAACCAUUUGCCACACCCUGCUCGAGUUUUUCACAGAAUUGUUCACAUCCUCUCAUCCUUCAGGCAUUGAUGACUGCCUAAGUCCACUACAAAAGAUAAUUACAGAUGAUAUGUUUACUUCCCUCUCUGCAGUUUUUACAGAAGUUGAAGUUAAAGAGGCAGCCUUUAGUAUGAAUCCACUCGGAUCCCCUGGGCCUGAUGGUUUCCCUGCCUUGUUUUUUCAGAGGUACUGGGACAUAGUGGGUAGCAGUGUCACAAAGGCAUCUCUUGAGGUCCUAAAUGGAGGCAAGUGGAACAACACCCUCAAUGAGACUCUGAUAGCUCUCAUUCCAAAGAAGCACAACCCCAGCCUGGUAACAGACUUUAGACCCAUUAGUUUAUGCAAUGUUCUUUACAAGAUCAUUGCAAAAACCUUGGCUAAUAGGCUAAAGAAAAUCCUCCCUGCCAUCAUAUCCCCUACACAGACAGCUUUUGUACCUGGAAGGCUCAUAACAGACAAUAUCAUUGUAGCUUUCGAGGCCUUACACACCAUGAAGGCUAGAUUAAAGGGAAGGGAGGGGUAUAUGGCUUUAAAACUUGACAUGAGCAAAGCCUAUGACAGAAUAGAGUGGGCUUUCCUGAGAUCUGUCAUGCUUAAGAUGGGGUUUCCAGUUAAAUGGAUCGAGUUGGUGAUGAAGUACGACUCCCUACUGUUUUGCAAGGCUAACUCAAUUGAGUGGAGUCAACUACAAUUUCUUUUGGCAUCCUAUGAGAGAGCCUCUGGUCAGAGGCUUAACAAAGACAAGACAUCCAUCUUCUUCAGUUCAAACACCAGAGAACAGACCAAGGAGAUUGUUACAAGUAUUGCUGGAAUUCGGGGAACCAGCUCCUAUGAGAAGUACCUGGGACUACCAGCACUAGUAGGUAGGGGCAGAUGCCAGUCCUUCAAAGGAAUUCUGGAUAGAGUUCAAACAAGGCUGAACAGCUGGAAGACCAAACUGCUUUCUCAGGCAGGCAAGGAAACCUUAAUUAAGGCUGUUAUUCAGGCCAUCCCAACCUACAGCAUGGGCAUUUUCAAGCUUCCAAGGCAGCUUCUCAACGAGUUAAACAAGCAAGUUAGAGGGUUCUGGUGGGGCCAACAAGAAAAAGAACACAGGAUCCACUGGGUCUCAUGGAAACAGAUGAGUAAGUCCAAGAGGUCAGGAGGCUUGGGUAUGAGGGAUUUUGAGUUCUUUAAUAGAGCACUCCUUGCUAAGCAAGGGUGGAGGAUCAUCUCAUCUCCUAACUCUCUUGCUGCCAGGGUUCUCAAGGAAAAGUAUUUCAAGUGUAGUACCUUCCUGGAUGUGAAGAAGGGAAGCAACUCCUCCUUCCUUUGGCAGAGUUUCAUCUCUGCUAGAUCUCUCCUGAAGGAAGGGCUUGUAUGGCGAGUUGGGGAUGGACAGUCUAUAGACUUAUGGAAUGACAAGUGGCUCCCUCAACCGACAUCUUUUAAGCUACAAAGCUCAAUCAGGUUCCUGCCCUCAGACACUAAGGUGGCCAUGCUUAUUGACAGGACCACUAACCAAUGGAACUACCCACUGGUUGAGGCUGUCUUAGAUAGUACAGAAGCCGAGUGUGUCAAAAGGAUCCCCCUAAGCCCCUACCCCACUCCUGAUAAGUUGCUGUGGAGAGGCACUAGCACCGGGGCUUUCACUGUUAAGUCAGCAUACUUUUUGUUGUUGGAGCUGGAGAAGCAGAAGCAAGGCCAAUCCUCUGUGGCUGUGGAAGAGGACACGGUUUGGUCAUCCAUUUGGCAACUUGGUGUCCCAGUGGCAACCAAAAACUUCCUCUGGAGGGCCUGCCUGGAAGCCAUCCCCACCAGGGACAGACUUCUCCAAAAGAAAGUUGUUGAUGAGGAUUCCUGUCCCAUUUGCAGGAUCCACCCUGAGACAGCUUUACAUGCCCUAUGGGAAUGUCCCUCUGCCCAGGAUGUGUGGAGCCAGUGCAAUAGGAGGAUCCAAAAGGCUAGUUUCCCCUGCCACUCAUUCAAGUUACUGCUGGAAACGUGCCUUAAAACCUUUGAUGAGGAUGAGUUGGUGGAAUUUGGACUCACGGCUUGGAAGAUUUGGAAGAGAAGGAAUGAAGUUGUAUUUGGCAAUACUCUCUCCCACCCAAGCUCAAUCAACCAAAGUGUCAAGCUCCUUAUGGAUGACCUUCAUCAAGCACACCAACCUGUCAGACAGUGCUCCUCCCCAUCUAGUGUCCUCCUAGCGUGGGAGGCUCCACCACAAGGGAAGCUGAAAAUUAAUUGGGACGCAGGCUUAGACAAAGCAAGUUGUAAGGUUGGUGUGGGGGCAGUAGUCAGGAACUGGGAGGGAAAGGUUCUAGCUACAAUGAGAAUGAACCAUUCUCUCUACCCCGACCCCUUUCUAGCUGAGGCUUAUGCUGCCCACCAAGCAGCUCUCUUCAUCAAGUCUAUGGGUUGGCAGGAUGUGAUCAUGGAGGGUGACUCCCUGCAGGUAGUCAACUGGCUAAAUUCCAAAGAAGUAGCAGACUCUUAUGCAGGUGUGCUGAUCAAAGCUGCAAGAGUAACAUUAGACUCCUUUACCGUGUGGACCGCGUGCCAUGUUAAGAGGACUUGUAAUUCAGUAGCUCAUGCUUUGUGUCAAGAUGCGUUAAGCAUCAGUGAUAACAUUACUACGGUAGAUGUUAUCCCCUUUUGUAUUCGACACUUAUUGUUAUGA